AUGCGGUAUCUUGGAUUCACGGCAGGCGUUCUAGCUCUCUUCAUCAUGGAUGAGCUUCCUAACGGAGAGUCGUUUGAAGAGAUGGGCGCAGGAAAAGUGGCCGGUAUCAUCCUUGGUGUGGCUUUUGGAGUCGUGGCCUUCUCAUACGUCUUCUUCAUUCCCUAUUUCCACCGUCGUCUCGUCAAGAACGACGCGCGCAUCCGGGUAUGGCAUAUCCCACUUGGUCCUCUCCUCUACCGCGACAGUACCCCGAUAUACUUUCCCGGAAAAGGCGACCGGGCAGUCAAGGACUACUACGCGAAAAGCUCGAUAGAGACCAACACGGGGGAUAUCGAGAAAACCCAUAUGAAGGAUGACCUCGAUCAACCCAAGAAUUUGGGUGCAGAGAACAACGGAGAGGGCAUAUCGACUGCGAUUAAAGCCGAUGACGGUGACAGCAAUGGUACCUCUGAGAGAAAGGGAGGCUUGUCUAUCCCCAAUCAAAACAGGCUGUCCGAACAUAUCAUCCCUGCGAAGCCUGAACCGGAAGAGCGUUGGCUGGAGCCUGUGCGCCAUCUACCCAUUUAUUCUCCAAAGAAGCUGGCCAACUGGGCUAAAUUCGCUUUAUUCCAAGGUGUCAGUCGGGACGUCGUGACCCAGAAGAACCUCGGCGCCGUUCAUGCCCGUGCUAUCGUGUACGACAACCGUACUGAACAUCUGUGGACCUACGCUCAAGUCGCUUCGGCAAUGAUGAUGUCUAUUGCUCACGGGUCGAAUGAUGUUGCAAACGCUGUCGGUCCUUGGGUAGCCAGCUACAACACAUACACAAGCGGUGAGGUUACUUCCAAGGCUGAUACGCCUAUCUGGAUUCUUGUUGUCGCCGGUCUGCUGCUCGGUAUGGGCUUCUGGAUCUACGGCUACCACGUCAUGCGCUCGCUCGGCAACAAGAUUACCCAAGUGUCACCCACCCGAGGCUUCUCUAUGGAACUUGGCGCUGCUAUCACCGUUCUUCUUGCGUCCAGGCUCGCUCUGCCGGUCUCAACUACUCAGUGUCUCACAGGCGCCACUAUCGGUGUCGCACUGUGCAACUUUGACGUCCGUGCCGUGAACUGGAAGCAGGUUGCCUUCAUCUUUUCGUCUUGGGUCAUUACGCUUCCUUGUGCUGGUCUGAUCUCAGGGCUGGUCAUGGCUAUGGCCUUGAACACGCCUCACUUCUAA